UCCAGGCUGCGCAGGCCCGGGGCUGGCACUAGGGGGCAGGGAGGGGUGGCGGGGACCACGUCCCGGAGCGGGGGCCCUAGGACCGGCAGGGUGGGAAGACAUGAGGGCGUGCUGGGCGCCGCGGGCCCGGCACCGCGGAGGGAGGCGGCUGCGCCGGCCGUCGCGCUCCACCGGCCCCGCGCGGACUCCGUGGCGGAAGGGGCGCAGCGGCCCCGCAUCCUCGGCGUCGCACGCGGCCGCCUCCCGCUCUCCCCCGGCAGAGGCCUCCGGCCCCCGGGCGCCCCCCAAGCCCAGCAGCAGCCGCCGCGGCCCCGCGCUGACCCACUUUCCCGCCAGCCCACCCGCGGAGAUCCACGCGGCCGCCGAGCAGCCAGCCCCCUUUCCCACAACAGCGCCUAGGGCCGCCCUUCCCACUAAACUAGGUUCAUCGAUCCUGGACCCUCCUGAAAGCUGUGCAUCUUUCGAUGAGAUCACCGUUCACCGACUGUGUCUGCUGGGAGAACUUGGGCCCCAGGACCUGCUGGAGCGAAUCGCAGAGAAGGAAGGAGAGUAGUGAUGCCAGAUGUCAGGGCCUGGCUCUGGGCGGCGCUCCUUCUCCAGGGUCCACCCCCCACCCACUCCUGGGUGCCACACAGGGGACCCUGGAGAAGCCUCGUGACCCAGGGCUCUGCCUGCUCAGUCCUUGUUCAUCCAUCUAAGUACCCAUCACCUCUACUUACUUACCUGCCCACAUGAGUUAAUACUUUUUAGAGGAAAUUGAAAGAAUUUAUCAAUAGACCCAUCACAAGAGGAUUUCCUUCAAAUGUGUGGGGAUUCUUAGUUGUCAUCCCAUUUGUAAAUGAGGCUCAGGACAGUGGUUCUCAAAGUGCGGUCUGAGGACCCCCGAGGGUUCCUGAGACUCUUUCGGGGGGAGUCCACAAACUCAGAACUAUUUAAUAGGAAUACAAAGACAUUUUUCUCUCAUGAGUGUUCAGCAGAGUUUUCCCGUGUCAUAACAGAUUGAAAUCAGAAACACAUAUGAAAAUCCAGCUGUCCGUUAAGCCAGACAUUGGCGAGAUUUACAAAAAUAUAAAAGUGUCACUCUUCUU